UGAGUGCGGGCACGCGGAGGGGUCGGAGCCGCCCCGGAGAGAGCGAGUGACAGAGCCCGGGGACCAAGAGGGACUGACCGGGGAGCAGGACAGUGACAGACUGGGUGAUUUGUCAUUCACUCAGUCUGCAUCCCAAGUUCUUCCUGAUGACAGAGCCGAUAUUUUCAUCUGUGCAAAAUCUCGCUGAGAUUACUUAAUAUUCAUUCUGACGAAGACCAUUUGGAAUCUAAAGAAUACUGAAAUGAUCUUGCAUGUAAUUUCAAAUAUGGAAUAACUUUUUUUUUUUUUGUCGUCGACUCUAUGUUGAUUCUAAAAGAAGGCCAACCUUGCUCAGUGUUUCACAGUCCUGUUAGGCGGGUUUUUUUUUAACUGGUUUGAUCUGCUGAGAACCCGUCUUUCUGGCUGUAGAUUUUUGUGUUCGGGUCAAUGGCCCUCAGUAGACCUAUGGAAACAAUAAUAUGAUUGGCUGAAGAUGAACUGUUGACUGACGUACGUUCUGAAGUAUCUCUCUGCAGGCUUGUAGAGAGCAGCCAUGGCGUCUCGGGAGAGACUGUAUGAAUUGUGGAUGUUGUAUUGCAGUAAGAAAGACCCAGACUACCUACGCCUGUGGUUGGAUAGUUUUGUUUCCAGUUAUGAACAAUUCCUUGAUGUCGACUUUGAUGAAUUGCCAACCAGGGUUGACGAUGAACCCCCAGGAUUGUCACUGCUUCCAGACCAUAUACUACAAGUACUUAGACUGCAGCUUCUAUACUGCGUGCAAAAAACUGCGGAUGGGUUAGAAGAAGAGCAACAGAACAUGUCACUUUUGCUUGUUAAAUUCUUCAUCAUAAUUUGCAGAAAUCUGUCUAAUGUAGAGGAGAUCGGAUGCUGUUCUUAUAUUAACUAUGUUAUCACAAUGACAACAUUGUAUGUGCAACAGCUAAAGAGCAAAACGAAAGAGAAAGAAAUGACCAACCAAGCUCCCAUUGAGGAGUUUGUAAGACAUGCACUGGUCUUUUGUGAGAGCCUUUACGAUCCCUAUCGAAACUGGAGGCAUACAGUUACAGGACGAAUUAUAACUCCAGUAGAGAAAAGCAGACAGAAAUACAAAGCAGCAGCUCUUACUGUGGAAUUCAUUCCCUUUUUUUACCAGUGUUUUCAAGAAAGUGAGCAUCUCAAAGAAAGUCUAAAGUGUUGCCUACUGCACCUCUUUGGUGCUAUUUUAUCCGGUGGACAGAAAAAUGCUCUCCAGGUCAUCUCUCCUGCCACCAUGGAAGUCCUUAUGCGUCUCUUGGCAGACUGUGAUACGUGGGAUCACUGUGAUCCUGAUGCAGUGAGUUGGAAGGCAGAGUUGACCUUGAAAUGCCUAACCGAGGUGGUGCACAUCCUUUUGGUCAGCAGUUCAGACCAGCGGCAGGUGGAAAUUAGCACAAUUCUAGAGAACUACUUUAAGUUAUUGAACUCUGACCAUUCUGCUUUAACCAACUUGAAAAGAUCCAGACAGUGGGAAAGCCGAUUCAUCUCUCUACAGAUCAAGAUGUUAGAGUCUAUGACCACAAUGUUAGACUGCACAGACAGACCUGUCCUUCAAGCUAUUUUUCUAAACAGUAAUUGUUUUGAGCAUCUAAUCAGGCUGCUUCAGAAUUGCAGGUUCUUGUUAAGCGCUAGCAGUACAGGGGCAGACAAGAGUGAAAAAGACCUUGCCAACAAAUUACUGACAGAAAUGAAUGAAAAUCAGGUGUUUCAGGAACAGUUGGAUUGUUUAACAAUAAACACCAUUCACGCACUUACAGCUGUAAAGCACAAGUCUCCUGCUGCAAAGGAAGUGUUUAAGGAAAGAAUAGGUUACACACAUUUGCUCGACGUGUUAAAGUCUUUGGGUCAACCAUCGAAGAUGUUACUGGAAGAGCUUCUUAAUAUGGCUGUUGAAGGAGAACACGCAUCUGUUGGAAUAUUGGGCAUCAGUAAUGUUGAGCCCCUGCUGCUACUUAUCCAAUGGCUUCCCGAAAUUGAGUCCCAUGACCUCCAGAUCUUUAUCUCUGACUGGCUGAAACGAAUCUGCUGCAUAAACAAACAAAGUCGCACAAUGUGUGUCAAUGCCAGCAUGGUCAUCCGAAUCAUUAACACCCUGAACUCGUACCUCUCUCUCCAUCGAAGCUGUGCUGAGAACUUAAUCAGCCUCUUGGGUUCUUUAGGCAGCCAAUCCAUGAGUUCAGAAGAGCUUUUUUAUGUUAUUGGCAUACUACGGAUUGACGAACCCAAGCAAAGCCACCCUUAUGUUAUUCCUGUAACCCGCGCAUUGCUCGCCAUUGCUCGGAAACAAGGAUUGGAGAGUGCAUUGCAGUACUUUAACCUGUCCCAUAGUUUUGCAGGAAUUUCUGUGCCCACCAUUCAAAAAUGGCCUGGAUCUGCAUUUAGCUUUUUUGCUUGGUUUUGUCUUGAUCAAGAUCAGUUUGUUUUGGGGAUUUCCAAAGGUGGAGGGAAGAGAAAGCAGUUGUAUAGUUUUUUUACAGAUAGCGGCACUGGCUUUGAAGCCUUUAUCACCUCUUCUGGCAUCCUAGUUGUUGCAGUCUGCACCAAAAAGGAAUAUGCAACAGUCACACUCCCUGAGCAUUGCUUCUCUGAUUCAUUGUGGCACAGUAUAGCAAUCGUUCAUGUGCCAGGAAAGCGACCCUUUGGACAAAGCCUUGUAUAUAUUUAUGUGAAUGGCCAGCAAAAGGUCUCUGCCCCGCUGAAGUUUCCAUCUUUGAAUGAACCAUUUACUUCUUGUUGUAUUGGGUCAGCUGGCCAAAGAACCAACACUCCGCCUCCAUCGCAGAUUGCAGAUCCACCAAUGUCUCCUCCAAGUGCAAGCAACAGGUCUUCCCUGAGUGGGAUUCUGUCUUCCUCAUGGGCCGGGACACAGGGAAAGACAGAUUUUGUCACUAAAUCAAUUUCUGCGGGCACCCAAGAUAGUGAGUGGGGUUCCCCAACAUCACUUGAGGGUCAGCUGGGCUCGGUGUUUAUUCUCUAUGAGGCAUUACAAGCUGCUCAAGUUAAAGCGUUGUAUUUGGCAGGCCCUAAUAGUUUGAGUCCUUGGAAAUCGCAGGAAUCAGAGUUAACAGAUUUGCCCAAUAAACUUUUACUGUGUUACACACCAAAGGCAUGUCGAAGUCCUAUCUGUCUCGAUUUAUCUUCCAACCUUUUGCAUGGAAGAUUAACUGGGAAUGAAGUUGUCAACUGGGACAUAAAGGACAUGAUUAACUGCAUUGGUGGCUUGAAUACUUUAUUCCCAAUUCUGGAGCAAAUCAGCUGCCUGAAUGAACCCCCUCCUGAGAAGCAAGAACCAAUGUCACCAGGCGUAGAACGAUGGACACCUGUUGAAGGGGAUUUUGUGGUUUUGUCUUCUACAAAGGCUUCAGAAGCACGUCUUGAAAAAAAUAUUGUGGCUACGUUCGUUUUGUUGAUUAAACACUUCAUUCAGAGACAUCCUAUCAACCAGGAGAACCUUAUCCACUCACAUGGAGUUGCCACUUUGGGUGCUUUGUUGCAAAAGGUCCCUGGAACCUUUAUGGAUGUAAAUGUACUGAUGGCUGUACAGCUUCUGAUUGAGCAAGCUAAUGUAGAAAAUAAUACUCCACUAUUACAACAGAUGUAUCAAUAUUUGCUCUUUGAUUUUCGAAUCUGGAAUCGUGGGGAUUUUCCGUUUCGGAUUGGGCACACACAGUACCUGUCUACAAUUAUAAAGGACUGCAGAAAACUCUUUCGAAAGAAAUAUGGCGUCCAGUUUAUCUUGGAUACCAUCAGAGUUUAUUACAGCAAAGAAAACUCUUUGACAUGUGAUGAUUUGACAACAAUCAGGACUUAUCUCUUUGGACUGAUCAAAUAUUUCCUGAACAAAGGUGGGACCUAUGAUGAGAUCCAGAGUAUCGUAGGAUAUAUAGCUGCUAUCAACGAUGAGGAACAGCUGUCUGGGAUAUUAGAAAUCCUCCUUCGCCUUCUGAACAGUGGCCCAACUCGAGACCAGUUAUUCUUGCUUCUCUUUGAGCCAGGUUGUGCAGAUAUCUUUUACACUUUGUUGCUCAACCAGAGAUAUUCUGACAAUCUGAAAGAACUUGUCUUCAAGAUACUUGAACAGAUGUUGAAAUGUAACAAAGUUUAUGAGAAGAGCAAGCAACGCAUUCGGCUGAGGGAAAUUGGCUACUCUGGGCUCGGCUUGUUGAUGAAUGAUGCCCCCAUCUCCAGUGUGUUUAUUAAAGGACUUCUUAACCAGAUCAUCAGUGCAGAUCCUGUUCUAAAUUACAGAGACUUGUUAGCUGUAGUACACUUGUCUCACAAAUCAGAUCUCACAAUCCGAGUCGCCAUCUGCAGGAAGAUAUUUCAGAUUCUGCGUUUACAGCAGGAUGCUGCCCAGCAGAUGGCACAACAAUUAGGCUGGCAGGAAACAUUGUUGAGGCUCUUCAUGAAGGAAAAUUCUGAGUUCAAGCCUAGUUUUAAAGAUAACUGUGCAAAUAACCUUAAGGAAGAUUGCAAGACCACCCUGACUGAGGAUUUGCAGAUGAUAUAUCCAGGAAAAGUGACCGUGUACACAGAGGAUAACUUCACCUCAAACAAUAACCAAUGUAACAGCUGGCCUAUGGAAACCAAGUCCCUCGAUUCAAGUAUGCAGUCCACUUGCACGUUGUUGGAUGAUGAAGAGGCUUCUUUCAGUGAGGCACAGCUUAGGGUCGAUGACCAAGAAGAGUUGUGGCCUGGUGACCACUCACAUCUCACUUUGGAGCUGGCACAAUUUGAUUUAGGAGACAAUGAAAACCAGAAUCCAGGGAGCUUGUCCAGUACACCUUCACCUGUAGAAGUAUCAAAGUCUUUCAUUAUUAAUCAGUCUGAUAAAGAAUCCAAUGGUUCUAGUGAUCUACCUUUUAGGGAUAACAUCUCCCUAAGUGUAAACCUGGAAAGCAGAGAGGAUUGUGAAGAAGAACUCAUACAGCUACUGACUGACAUUCUACUCUGCCUAAUGUGGAAAGGUCUUGACAAAUCUGAUGCUUCUACCUGGGUGGAAAGAGGCCAAGUAUUCGCAGCACUGACCCAUUUGGGGAUGGUCAAUGAAUUGCUGCGACCCUCAGAUGAAAUAAAACUUCUUUUGUUAGAAAAGAUGCCAGAAUGGGCUGUGACGGAGAGCAAAGAGUCAAAAUUCCAUGCUGAAAAUGCAAAUCGGUUGCUCCACAUUGUUCAGGAUUUUCUACAGUCAGAGGGCCUGGUCAAUCCCAGUUUGUGGACUGGAAAGCUGUUGGAAGAAAUAGUGACACUCAUGGACAGUCUGUCAGUGUGGUAUUCGACUGGCCCGGAAUCUGAGAACCUUUCCCUGGUAGAAAUACGUCUCUUGCUUGGUUUCAUUGGACAGGACAAUCUGCAGGUAUGUGCAAUGGCUACGGCAAAGCUCAACACCCUGUUACAGACGAAAGUCUUUGGAAACCAAGAGGAAGCAUGUUACCUGCUCGGCAAACUUGAAGGAAUUCUCAGUAAAUCAAUCCGGGAGAAGAGCGAGACCUACUCAUUCCUCAUUCCCAUUGUACGGACCCUUGUGCAAAAAAUCUAUCAGCUGCUGUACAUGAAUCUUCACCUGCCUUCUCUUCCAAUCACUAACGGAAGCCCUUCGUUUUAUGAAGACUUUCAGGAGUAUUGCAGUUCUGAGGAAUGGAGAGUGUUCAUUGAUAAAUACAUCAUACCUUAUAUGAAACAAUAUGAAAGCGAUACAUUCAGCAAGAUUCAUGAGAGUAUGGCCUUGUAUUGGAAGGAAUGCGGUGAAGCAUACAUGGUGAAUAUGCACAAACGUGAACGAGAAAGGGGCGAAAGCAAGCUGAAAUUUCAGGAUGCAUUUUUGGAGCCAUUUAACAGAAAGGCACGCCAGGAGAACUUGCGUUAUAACAGCAUGCUGAAACAAACAGCCAGCCAGUAUACAGCAACAUUAAGGCAGUGGAAAGCAGCGCAGAAAUACCUCUUCUGUGAGCGUGGUCCGUGGGCAGACCGAAAACCAAACGUGGUCAGUUGGAAACUAUCCAAUGUGGAAAACUACUCACGAAUGAGACUUAAGUUGGUGCAGAAUAACAACUUUGAUCCUCAUUUAGAAGCCAGUGCGCAGAGAGACAAUCUUGGUGUGCAGCAGACAGAACCUUCAAGUGAUUCUCUGUUCUUAGAAGUUGUGAAGCAAGUUAAAGUGAGCGACUUGGAGGAUGAUGGGCUUGAUCUUCCUGAAGAGGAAAACACAGUUAACAUAAAUGACAAGGAGGAGGAGCCAAGUCAGAAGGAGAAGCUUGUUCUAUCUGAGGAUUGUGAACUCAUUACAGUGAUAGAUGUAAUUUGUGGACGUUUGGAGGUCACCACUCGCCAUAUUUAUUUCUACGAUGGCAGUACUGAAAAAGAGGAAGGUGUGGGUUAUGAUUUCAAGUGGCCUCUCUCCCAAAUCAGAGAGAUUCAUUUGCGUCGGUACAACCUAAGGAGGUCGGCUUUGGAGAUCUUUCUAAUUGACCAGACUAAUUACUUCUUGAAUUUUAAAAAAGAGGUGAGAAAUAAACUAUACAGUCAAAUUCUCUCUCUCCGCCUUCCAAACCUGUAUGGAACCCGAACCCCACAGGAGCUGCUGAAGACAUCAGGACUAACUCAGAAAUGGGUGAACAGAGAAAUUUCUAAUUUUGAUUACCUCAUUCAACUAAACACAAUAGCUGGUAGAACAUACAAUGAUCUUGCACAAUACCCAGUGUUCCCAUGGGUGCUACGGGACUAUACAUCAGAAGAGUUGGACCUCAAUAACCCAGCUGUUUUUAGAGAUUUAUCCAAACCUAUUGGAGUAGUGAAUGAGAAAAAUGCUGCAUCAGUUAGGGAGAAGUAUGAAAACUUUGAAGAUCCCAUGGGGAUUAUUGACAAGUUCCACUAUGGUACACACUACUCAAAUGCUGCUGGAGUUAUACACUACUUGAUACGAGUUGAGCCCUUCACCACCCUACACAUACAGCUCCAGAGUGGAAGGUUUGACUGUGCUGACCGCCAGUUUCAUUCCAUUCCUGCAACCUGGCAAGCACUUCUGGAUAACCCCAAUGAUGUUAAGGAACUCAUUCCAGAAUUUUUCUAUUUCCCAGAGUUCCUGGAGAACAAGAAUGGUUUUGAUUUGGGCAGAUUGCAGAUAACUAAAGAAAGAGUGAAUGAUGUUAUUCUUCCCAAGUGGUCCAAAUCACCAGAAGAUUUUAUCCGCAAGCACAGAGAAGCCUUGGAGUCAGAGUAUGUUUCCGCUCAUCUUCAUGAAUGGAUAGAUCUGAUUUUUGGUUACAAACAAAGGGGACCAGCUGCUGUCGAGGCUCUAAACGUUUUCUACUACUGCAGCUAUGAAGGAGCUGUAGAUCUUGAUGCCAUUGCAGAUGAGAAAGAAAGAAAAGCAUUAGAAGGGAUUAUCAAUAACUUUGGCCAGACACCUUGUCAGUUGUUAAAGGAGCCUCACCCAGUACGUCUUUCAGCUGAGGAAGUUUUACAGAAACAGAACAAAUUGGACACAGCCACACUGAACCUGUUUCAAAACCUAUCCGAACUGAAGUCAUACUCCAUAACUGCCACUAGUGAUGAUAUUCCAGUUGUAAAGGCAAUUGUUCCAAAGAAUCAGCUGCGUUCCUUCAUGUCUCAGGGAAGCCCAGAACAACUGGUAACAAUAAGUCAGAAUCUCAUUAUUGGAACUCAUGGUUGGCUGCCUUACAAUAAAAACACAUCCAAUUUCACGUUCAACAAGGACCAAACUGUAACUAAUCCAAAAACUCAACGUCUCCUGUCUGUCCCAUUUGCACCGGGUCUUGAGAUCACUUCCAAAUUAUUUGUGGUGUCACAUGAUGGUAAGGUACUCUUCACCGGAGGUCAUUGGGAUAACAGUAUACGAGUAACCUCUCUCACCAAAGGAAAAGUGAUUGGGCAACACAUCAGGCACAUGGAUAUUGUGACCUGCCUGUCCACAGACUUCUGCGGCAUCCACCUCAUUACUGGCUCUCGAGACACUACAUGUAUGAUCUGGCAAAUAGGACAGCAGGGUGGUGCUGCCGGGGACUUGGUUCCAAAACCUGUGCAAAUUCUAUAUGGACACACAGAUGAAAUAUCAAGCGUUGGCAUUAACACAGAAUUAGAUAUGGCUGUAUCUGGAGCCAAAGAUGGGACUGUGAUCAUUCAUACUAUCCGGAGAGGACAAUAUAUGAAGACGCUGAGGCCUCCUACUGACAGUUCACUGGUAAUGACAAUACCAAGCUUGGCUUUAUCCUGGGAUGGACACAUUGUUAUUAACAGCAGCAUUGAAGGGAAAGGAACGCUCAAGAACAAAAAUGCCCUACAUCUAUACAGUGUGAAUGGAAAGUACCUCGGAUCUGAAAGCCUGAAAGAACAAAUAACAGACAUGUGCAUUGCUGGAGAGAACGUUAUUCUGGGCAGCAGGCAAGGAUUUCUGUCAAUAAGAGACCUGUACAGUUUAAAUCUCAGCAUGACUCCUCUGGCUAUGCGUGUCCCAAUCAACUGCGUAUCAGUGACCAAAGAGAACAGCCAUGUCCUGGUGGGGCUGGAAGAUGGCAAAUUAAUAUUUGUAUGUGUUGGCAAGCCCACAGAGGCAAAAUACGGCCAAAUCUCUCGAAAGCUGUGGGGCUCCAGCAGAAGGGUCAACCAGAUCUCAUCGGGGGAAACGGAAUAUAAUACACAAGACAUCUAACCUCUUGGAUGCUACGUCCUGAACUUGCUCAGUUAAUGGAAUUUGCAAUUAGACAAAUGCUUAGUUCCAGCUGUGUAAGAGACGUCUGCAAUAAUACCCCGUCGCCGUGCGCGAAAUGCCGGCAGAACACUACGGGAAACAUGCCCAAUAUAUAUAUAUAUAUAUAUUUAUUUUAUUUUUUUUGACAAAUGAAAUUUAUAUUGUGUAAUGACAACCAUAAUUCCUAAAAAAACAAGUAAGGUAUUUUUACAUGCAUGAGCUGGCAUUCAUCUGGGGGGGGGCAUUGUCAUAUUGUACUCAUUGGAUAAGUAUUUGAGGUGGAGACUGUCACAAGUCAAAUCAAGCCAUGUAUAUUUCUAAAGAAAGUAGCAACAGCUUCCUCCUGUUGUCGAAUAACAGUACCUGUGUACUUUUAAAUAUUUCAAACGGUUUCUAGAAAUUCUUAUACCUAAUUGUAUAAAGUGCUCAUCUACUAUCUGUAACUUAGGCAUAACCAGACGUUUCAUCUCUUUAUGUACUAAUUGCCUUGGCAAGUGACCAGUCACAUGGGGAUAAAAACUGAAGGUUACUUUAUAUACAAUGAAUAUAUUAAUCAUGUGCACAGUUUAUGGAUUAGAGAACAUUUAAAAACAUAUUUUCCCUCUAGGUUCAGUUGCUGCUUUUUAUGCAGAUCUCUUCUAUUUGAUUGGAAUUUCAUGGCACGUCUCCUGAAAUUGCCAUAUUUGCAGGUUUUUCAAAAUGUAUUAUUAUUUUAGAUUUAUUUUUAUUUCUUUGGGGGGGGAGGGGGCUUCCUUACUUCCAAACCCUGUGGAUGUGACACUACAUUCCUUGAUUAGUUUACCAAAAUAUAUUCAAAUGAAAAUAAAAAAACACUAAUCUCUUACUGUAGAACAAUGCUACAAACCUUUCCAUACUCUACGUAGCGUGAUGUGCUGCUGUGUACCUUCCAGGCCUUCUCCUGCAUGAGUUCAAGGAACAAUUUAUGUUGUGUGUUAGGAUUCUAAAGGAAUGGUACAGUCAUUCCACAUUCUGUAUUUUCCUUUUUAAAUAGAGUUACAUGGCUAAAGUUGUAUAAGGUGCACUUCCGCUAUCCUUAACCUAUGCAUAAUGGUUAAAGUAUUUAGAGGGUUAUUGCUAGGCGUUUCAUAACUUCUUUAGCAGAAGAAUCAAAUGCAUUUACAAGGCAAAAGGUUGUAGCAGGUAUAUAGCAUAGCGUCCGUGUUUCAUAUGAAAGUUCGGGUCUAAAUGUAAGAAACAAAUUUAAUAAUAUCACAAUCAUAUUGCAUACCUCUCCCUUGGCCAUACAGUGUAUAAAAUACAUUGUGCCUGGUACCGUUACAGGCAACACUAUCCAGAGGGAUCGACCAGUCCUUCCUUAUUGUGUUCCUUUUGUUGCAGAGAUUACCCAGUCCUAAGCAAAGCUAUAAUGUAUGGUUUACACCAGUGGUCUACGGCCAUUGGUAGAAAGAACUGCAAUUAAGAAUUAAUAUUUUAUUUUCAAGCUUAAUUGCAGAUUUAGUCCACCAUUCAGUUAGUCCACCUGCUGGUGGCAUCAUACCAGAUUUCCCCAGGGCUUUAAAAGAACUAUCAGAGAUUGUGAAAGCACCUGUACCCUAACACACUAAGCCUCAGGGACGCUUUCAGCAAUAGCGGUACUCAUUGUGGAAGUAUACAUCGAAAAUGCUACAAUCGUAGCUGCAAUAUUAACUCCCUUCACGGCUGCUACGUAUUCCUUAGAACACUCAGGAUUACAAUCGGUGAAGAUAAUUACAGAAAUAUUCAAUCAUUUGUUUUGCACAAAUAUUUGAAAGACACUUGACUCUUAAUGAACUCCGUAAUGUGAAAACUACACAUUUUCAUCUAUUAUUUUUUCCCCCUUACAGUGACAUUUUUAUAGUAGAGAUCUAGUAAUAAGACUAAUUCAAACAGGAAGCCCAAGUCACUCUGCCCAGGGACCAACAAGCAUCAGUAGAUUUAGACUAAAGCAUUCUUACUCCAUUCUAAUCAGUGGUGGCUAAAGGAACACUGUAGGCACUUUAACAGCUUCAUCUUAUUGAAGUUGUUAUAGUGCCUGUAAUCCUACCUCCCAAUACCCUUUAUUUCACUAAUUAGAGGGCUCUGAAGCAUGGGUUCAAACCACGUCCAUGCUCCCCACCAUGUUCCUAUGUUCCCCAAUGCUCCUCUAUGAGCAGCAUUGGAUUAGAUUGGAUUUUUUUGUAAACACAGUGGGAGUGGAGGCUUAAUUGGUUAGAGGCAUCAGGACUUUAGCGUUCGGAAUACAGAUAUAUAUUUCCCAACGCUACAUUGUUCAGUUAACCUUCAGCUAUAGCAUACUACAUUUCCCCAAAUGCCUAUCCAGUUGUUUUUGACUGGGGGUUGGCAAUCCACCACAUCACAGAAGUUAACACAUUUUUUAGAAAUCUUUUUUUUAGAGGCUAUAACUGAAAGUGACAUUAUAGCAGUAAAAUCAUGUGUUGCCAAAAAAAGUUUUCAAGCAGUAUUUUUAAAUUGCUACCUCUGCAGCAUAGCUCUAAAUAGCUGUACGAGUUAUUUAACAAAAUCAAACAGAAAGACAAUAGACAAUGGGCCUGUAAAUAAACUGCCAUUACCAACAUGAUUUUAAUUAACCAUACAUUACUUUAAAGGGGACUAAC